AUGGCUUCAGACGCGACGUCUGCCUUCCUUGCCGCCGCUGAGCAAACCUUUAUAUCGAACUUUGCCAUGUAUUCAGGCCUCACAAUUGUAUUUUACGACUGUUUGAUAAGCAUCGAAGACGAGGUCGAGUUCUUUUGGUCCAGGAAGCUUUCCAAGAUGACGCUUGUCUACGCUGGGCUUCGCUAUGGUGGCAUCGUUUGGUCAAUGUGA